AUGGAUGCUUCUAAUCAUGGCAUGAUAGAAGAAGUGUGUGUAAUGCUGAUAGACGAUGACACAGAGUUUGUUACCAAGCUGACUAAUUUGUUAAAGGCGCAUAACUGUAAAGUUACAACGGCUGAUAUGACUUCAACAACAAUGUUAAUGGUCUCCAAAGAAAAGCAAAAAAUUGAUGUAAUGAUACUCAAUAUUCAUUCAUCGAAUAUACCUACUUUUGACCUCUUAGCUCAAGCUGUGGCUUUGGAUAUAAUUUCACUCGUUGUAUGUGAUGAUUACAAUGAACUAGAAGCAAAGAAAAUUUUGGACAUGGGAGAAUAUCUUUACCUUCAAAAGCCAUUUGAUGAGAAUCUUGUGAAAUACUUGUGGCAAUUCGUAUGGAGGAAAAGAAUACAAAAGGAGAAAGCGAAAGAAGGAUCGAUUGCUGAUAAUGAUAUGGGUGGAGAAAAUGAAGAACAAUUCGAGAAGAAGAAAGAUGUGUCUAAUACAGAGGUUGUUAGGCUAAAGGACUACACAAAAUGGACUGACGAUCUUCAUGUCAAAUUUAUGAAAGCUGUUGUUAUCCCAAGGAAAAUUCUGCACGUGAUGAAUUUGCCUGGCCUUACUAGGAUGCAAGUUGCUUGCCACCUUCAGAGAUGUCGUCGCAACAAUUGGAGAUCUCCAAAAGAGCGAAAAAAUAUUCAUCGUCAAUCAGGCCAAGGAUACUCAAGUGUUUCUCAUGAACCAAAAAGUAGCUUUCAAAAAUUUGGGAGAAUGCCUAAUCUUCAAGCAAAUGUAUCAAAUCAACAACGUAACCAAGAUCAAAUUCGAAGAAGCCCAGAGUUUUCAUUGCCAACUCUAAAUAUCAAUAAUAUCUUUGCUCAAGGAGAUCUUUCAAUUCAACAACUCUACCAUCCACAACUUAAGGUUCAACCCCAUUACCUCGGCAUUGGCCAUCCAUUUUAUUAUCCAUUUUCAUCUGCUCAAAAUAAUACUGGUGGUGAGAUAAAACAACAACAUAAUCCAAUUUUUGGAAUGUUGGGUUCACAAGAACAAGAAGAUCCAAUUAUGAAAAACACUCAUUAUAGGCCUAACUCAGUGCUUAACAGUGAAGAUCAUCAUUCUGAAAAAGAACAUAACUUUCUUCUCAAUGUGGCCAAAGGAGCAACAAAUACGAAUGCAAAUUUCCAGCAGUAUCAAGGAAGUAAUUCAUGUAAUCUUGGACCUUCGGGUGCUAACCUAUUCAAUGAACAAGAUAGUGAAUUUGAUCAAGUUUACUCUGAUGAUCAGAAUCUUGGACCUCCUGAUGCUAACCUACCUAAUGAACAAGGUAGUGAGUUUGAUCAAGUUUACUCUGAUGAUUAG